GCGUGCGCCCGCGCAUAUGUAGGCCCUCUUUAUCUUUAGUUUAGUUGACGUGCCCGUGCGCCUCGCCGAACACGCUCCCGGCAUAACCGCAAUCCGCCACCGUCAUACAUUACGAUGCAAAACAAUAGUGUGUUUAUAUGAUUCAUCGUAGUUCGUACCAGUAAACCGCGGUCCGUGUCAAAAUGUAGUUCUUAAACUAUGAAAUAGUGAAUUGAAACGACGGAGUUUGUUAGUUUUGAUGUUUUAUUGUGAGAAGGCUUUACAAUGUUUACUUUUGCUAUCCAUUUCGCUAUCGAUCAAGUUACCGUAAUGAAAAAUUCGAGACAAAACCUAAAAUGUUUGUAAAGUUUUUGGGGUUAUAUUCGUGAGUGAAAUCUACGAUAAAUAUUCGUUAGUACUCGUGUAGUUUCAUUACAUAGUGUUUAAAAUACUUAAGUACGAGUACGUUGGAUUCAAUCAAAUCCCUUGGACUUGUCAUACGAUUUGUGGUACCGGCCUCUAAAUACAUUCCAGUAUCGUACUGCGUGAAGGUCACGCCAUGUUGACUGUAAUAAAGUCAGUUGUACUUAAAAACGGUUUAAACUUUCAUUUAGGCAAUCGAUCUAUCAUCGAAGCCUUUAAGAUAUAACUAAAGACUUAAAAAAAUCUAACUAGUUAUAAAAAGCAUAUAAAUGCGAACGUUUUCUGUGAAGGUAGAUAUUAGAGUUCAAUGACAUCACGAUAAUAUCGAUUCACAUAUAACUGCGUAAUAUUAACCUCAUGAUCGUCUACCAUCGAUUUUUACAUUACGAAAGUAACAAAAACAAAGUGCUCCAGUCAAUUGGCUCAUUUGCGCGAUACAGCAGGUGAUAUCACCGAAUAAUAGGAGCAUUGAUGACGGCGCGCCGCCAACGUGCGCGAGAUACUGGUGCCACAAUGUUUGCUUUGUGAUUGUGAUUGGAGUCUGCGCACGAUAACGUUGCCAUACAAAAACGUUAGCCACGUGCUUUGAGCAAUAUCAAAUUGGAUAUACAGUGCGAUAGUGUUGCGUUUUGUGUGUGUGACAGUGAGUGCAAUAUACGGAGUGCAGUGUCGGUGCGCCGAUAUGUUGUUGCAUGGUGACGUAGCGGGAGGGCCUGUACAACGGAGGCACUUAGGUCUCUCAGGAGUUCUAUGCUCUCGUGGAGUACAGGCCGGGGCGCGGGCGGCUCGCGUCCGCCGCCCGCGCGGCCGCCAGUACUGCGCGAGGAGCAGCAAUGCCAGCAGCAAUGCCAGCAGUCCAGCGAGGACAGUGACCACGACUCGCAAGGCGCGCUGCUCGCGGGCGCCGUCGCCAGGGCUAGAAGACGACAUGCCGUAAAGUUUAAGAGGAAGUCUAAGAUAACCUUCCGAGCACUAAGACGCACAAGUGAGAGCGCGGGCGGCGCGCGGGUGAUUCGCUCGACACCUGACUGGAGUGACUCGGCCAUCAGCAGCGAGCAUCUCUGGGCGCCAACCUCUGUAUCUGGCGAUUUCUGCUACGUUGGAGACUCGGAAUGUCAGAAACACGGAUCUCGAAUGAAAUGUUCGGCGUGCAAGAUCGUGGCGCACCAGGCGUGUAUAGACAUCCUGAUUGAUCGUGUCCAGUUCUCAUGCAAGCCGACCUUCCGAGACGUUGGUGUCCGGCAGUACAGGGAGCAAACCCUGACCCACCACCACUGGGUCCACCGACGUACUGAGAAGGGCAAGUGCAAGGCUUGUGGCAAGUCCUUCCGGCGGCGAUGCUGUGGUUGGUGUCUAACACCUCAGAGAUCUGUAGACAAGACUAUUGACUUACAUGACCAAAUAGGAGAUCGUUCAGUCCAAGCAAAAUUGUCGUUUAGUUCUAAAGAAAUAGUCGCAUUGAGUUGUUCUUGGUGUAAGGAUGCCUACCAUAACAAAGAGAGCUGCUUUAAUUUACAGAGGAUAGGAGAAGAGUGUUCAUUAGGUACGCAAUCAAAUAUAAUCGUCCCACCGUCGUGGAUAGUAAAACUCCCGAAACGGGGUAGCUUUAAGUCUUCGUUAAGAAAAUCACCAAAAAAGAAGAAUACAGCGAAGAAAAAAGGAAAAGACUCUAAAAGCGAACAAAAGACUUUCGUAAUAAAACCAAUUCCAACUGCCAACGUGAAACCGGUGCUGGUCUUCAUCAACCCGAAGAGUGGAGGCAACCAGGGCGCGAAACUGUUGCAGAAAUUUCAAUGGCUUCUCAACCCGAGACAAGUGUUCGACCUCACCCAGGGUGGACCCGGACCCGGGUUAGAAAUGUUCCGCAAAGUCCACAAUUUGCGUGUGCUGGCAUGCGGAGGCGACGGGACCGUGGGCUGGGUGCUGAGUGUGCUGGACCGCAUCGGCUCACGCCCAGCGGUGGGCGUGCUGCCGCUGGGCACGGGCAACGACCUCGCCCGAGCGCUGGGCUGGGGAGGGGGAUACGAAGAUGAGCCGAUCUCAAAAAUCCUUGCGCAUAUUGGCGAGAGUGACACCGUACUGCUCGACCGUUGGGAACUAAAGGUGGAGCCUAACGAGGCGGCCUCGGGCGAGGACACGAGCAACGCUAAACCCGAGCUGCCUCUAAACGUCGUUAACAAUUACUUCUCGUUCGGUGUCGAUGCGCACAUCGCUCUCGAGUUCCAUGAAGCUAGAGAGGCCCACCCAGAGAAAUUCAACUCCCGCAUAAGGAACAAGCUGUUCUACGGCACGGCCGGUGGCAAAGACCUCAUGCAGCGCAAGUGGAAAGGCCUGGCAGACUUCGUCACCAUGGAGUGUGAUGGGAAGGAUUAUACGCCUGUGCUACGGGAACAUAAAGUGCACGCAAUUGUUUUUUUAAACAUUCCAAGCUACGGGGGUGGCACUCACCCUUGGAACAAGUCGGGAGGUACUUCCGACCCCUCGACUGAAGAUGGUCUGAUUGAAGUCGUAGGAUUAACCACUUAUCAACUGCCGUUACUGCAAGCGGGCGGUCACGGUACAUGCAUCACUCAGUGCAAGACUGCAAAGAUCGUCACAACCAAAGUAAUUCCGAUGCAAGUAGACGGUGAAGCUUGCAGACUGGCGCCGUCAGUUAUCACGUUGUGCAGGUUAAACCAGGCUAUUAUGCUUGCUAAGAAGAAACCUGGAAGAGUUUUGGCCCCCCUAGCGACAAUGGACAAACUGGCGUUGACAGUGAAUCUCAUAACGAUGGUUGACUACGAGCGACACCAUUACGAUAAGGAAUUGUUAGCUAAAACAGCGGAACGGAUCGGUACUUUGGAAGUGAACCCAGCGGCUGACUUAGAGCAAAUGCGAACUCUCAUUCAAAACAUGAUCAAAGAAUCUCAAACAUACUCGAAUCUCGUUGACUGGUGGUUCGUCGACUCGGUAACAGCCGAACGGUUCUUUCGUAUCGACAAAGCUCAAGAAAACCUCCAUUAUCCGACGGACAUCGGCCAUGAAAACAUUUACAUCCUCGAUGCAGCACCACUCACUCCUGACACGGAGUCGACAGCUCAUCCUGACACUACCGCAACAGCGUCUCUCGAUCGUACUGGACCUUCAGUGUCUCUGGAUACAACUACAGGCUUAUCGGUUUCGCUGGAUAUAUCACAGAGCGUCGACACACCAAGUGCUGGAGUUUCUUUGGAUGUUCCAGAAUCUCAUGCUAGUGAAUCUGGUUUUGCGAGCCCGGCGCGAACGUCAGAAGAAUUGCUAACGCCACAGACGCCGCCUUCAGGAAUUGCAUCUCAGAAUCAUCCCGCGGCUGCUCCAAAGAUAUCAAUUCUUCCAUCAUCCAAUACAUCGCCACACCCAACGAAAUUGUCAUCAAUACAAGAUACCAAUUCUCCACCUCUCUGCACCAGUCCUCCGGUUAAAGAUUUACAAGCUAAUCGUGAUUCUAUUGCGCGAUUCAAAACCGUUCAUGAAAAGUUGUUUGGAUUUGACCAAGCAGUAUUGGGAUGUAGGAAUUUAUUGGAGAAAACAACUGACGCGCUGCUCAAAGCUGCAAAAGUUGGCGAUUUGAAAAUGAUGAAAGAUCUCCACGCGUCAGGCUACUCGCUCCUGUCAAUAGACGCGACCGGACAGACGGCAUUACACAUCGCAGCCCGGUACGGGAACAAGGAGAUCGUGAAGUACCUGAUCGCCAGCGCCCCCUCAGCUAUACUGAACAUGCGGGAGAACGAGCGGGGACAGACAGCGCUGCAUAAAGCCGCAGCGCACAAGCGGCGAGCGAUUUGCUGCAUGCUGGUGGCGGGCGGCGCGUCGCUCACGCGCCAGGACCACGCCGGUCUUACGCCGCGGCACCAUGCUCUGAGGGCGGAAGAUCAUGACUUGGCCGCGUAUUUAGAAAGUCAGGAACACUUUCAAUUAGUAUCAGAAGAUUUAGAAACUGCUGUGUGAAAUGAAGACGUGACAUUUGUAUUAUAAAAACUAAUAUCAAAUACGAAAACUUCAAGGUCCAAACUAGAAACUUUGACAAAAUGACUUUAAUAAUAUUUAUAAAAUAUUGUAUAGGUACUCAAACACCAAAGUGAUAUUGAGAAUUUCAAAUUAUCUAAUAUUAUUUAUUUCGCUUAAAAUAUUUCCAUUAAAGUGAUUUAGAUUUAUGUAAAAUAUUAGAAGUAAUAAUUUAAAUUAUGAUAGGAUUAUGAGAUUCAAUAAACUCAUUAGAAUUAAUAUUUAUGCAUUGAAAUGUAAUAUUUCCUUUAAUUGUAAUGCACAUUUUAUUAUAUUUCUACAAGUAUGACCAAAAUAUUAAACGAUAUUUUUCUUAAUAAUACGGAAUAAUAGAUCAUAUCAUACUCCUGGAAAUUUAAAAUUAUCUACUUAAGAUUGUAUGUAUCUAAAUUACCUAUGCAAAAUAGUAUCGAGUGCCAUAGUUCUUAUAAGUACAAUUUAUUUAUUUGUAUAUAUUUUGUUAACUAUUUAACGCUGCGAAUUAUAAUAAUUAUGUAUAUUAUAAAAUUUUAUACCAUUUCAGGCAAUUAUAGUUUAAAAUUCUUUAAAUACCUUUCAGUGUUUUCUUUGUCUUUAAACCAACAUUUUGUGUUUUUCUAAUUUGUUGUUUCUAUUUAUCUUAAAUAACAUUAUACAUGAGAAUCCUAAUAAAGUGUUUUGAAAAAAUAAAUGAAAAUAAGGUAAAGAUUAACGUUAUCCAGAGACAAGUUAUUAAAAGUGAAUACUUAGUUUAUUUUACAACAAAGUCAUAAUACGACAGCUAAAUAAAUAAUAUGUUGUGUAACAGAAUGUGUAAUUUAUAAGAAUUAUAUUCUUAUAAGUUACUCAUCUGUUGUUUGUACGAUGGAUAUUUUACCAAAUGGAUGUCUCGUUUGAGAAUUGCAGUCGGAAAUCGUCAGCUUUAACUAAAAUAACAUAAUAUUUAGUUAAAGCUGACGAUUUGAAAAAAACAUUGGAUGAUUUUCACGAAUUACUGCGUAUCAGAAGUGGGAUAGUGUUUAUAAAAAUAGGUAACAAUCAUUCACAAUUGAGUAAUUUACUAGUUGUCCAGUGAACAUGAACAGGCAGAGGAAUGUAAUUCACAUACGUACGUCGUACAUACCUUACUUUUUGAAAUCAUCUCAGAUGUAAUAUAUUCAAAAUAUUAAUUUCCGCGAUAAUUACACAGUAUUUUGAAAGAUAUUUGAUUCAUAAAAAAUAUUGAAAAUGUCUGUCGAUCUAAAAUGCUAAAAAGGUCCACAAUGAUUAAUCGUUUUCUAUAUAAGUAAUAACAGAGUGAUGGACCCACAUCUGGGAAAUUUAAAGGACUUUUGUGAGGGUUCGUAUAGACUUUAAGCAAAACAGAAUUGCAACCAAUAUGUUAUAGUACCUAAUAAUUGAAAUUCAAUUAAUUUAGAAAACAUAAUAAUCAAUUUAGAAACUCCUUCCUGAAAUAAAAAAAAAUAUCCGAUUUCCAUCUAAAUUAACUCAACUAUUUAGUAUAAAGUAAGGUUGUAUAAUUCGUAAGUGUGUGUAAAUAUAAUUUGUUUGGUUUGAGUUACAAAAAAAAAAUGUGUAUGUAAUAAUUAUAUAGUUGAGGAACAUGUAAAUUAUACUUACUAAGCAAGCCUUAUUACUUAAAUGAAUUUAACGAAUUGUUGUGUUUAACUGUUGUAAGAUACAAAGUUUACUCGUGGCAAUAAUUAAUGCCUAAUCAAUAGUGUUGUGUUACAUAUUUGUUAAUCGUAAUAAGCAUAAUAUGAUAUAUCUAUUUUAAUUAUAAUCGAUGUAUCUACAAUAAUAUGAUCUCAGAAUUUCUGAUUGAUAUAGGUACCAGUAUAUAUUACUGUUUCUGAUGUUUCUUUAAUUAUUAUUGCAUUAUUAAUCUUGCGUUUAUUACGGGCGUAUUAUUUAAAUUAAGUUAUCAUUAUUUUAAUUGUGUCUGAUUUUCAUUCUUAAUAGCAAUUUUAGCGACAAAUAUAGGCUUUUGCCUCAGAAUAUAGAAAACUCCAGAAGUUAUCACGCAUAGGAAUGAAGCGAUUGAAAUUACUCUUUUUUGGUGUAAUUUGACGAACAAGCGAUUAGUCACCCUGUGUACACCGUGUUGUGUGACGUGCUAUACCGGUACAUUUUUGGCCUUAUAAUGACGGCUGAAAGUAGUUUCUAGUUUUCUGGAUUCUGAGGCUUUUGCCUAUAGUUAAACACCGCAUUGUAUAGAUACUAGGUCAUAAUAGAGCAGUUCUACUAGGUACACUACGACUUGAAAUUUGACAAAGAUAGAAAUACAUAUGUUAUUAAAAUUCUGGUAAAUUAUUUUAAUCUGGAAAAUCUGAAAUUAUUUUGCAUCGUUGAAAUUUAAAAACAACAAAUUAAUGAUUUUAAUAUUACAGACAAUUUGGUUUCGUGGUUGGUUUGGUGUAGAAGCGCAUAAUGUCACUCCGCACUGAAAAUUAUAUGUAUUGUGGUUAUUGAUAGAUGUAAUAUACCUAUCACAUAACCACAAUGUGUAAGUAAAUCUGUGAAGGCGCCAGAUUUAAAAUAAUUUACCUAUUCAUGUAAUGUUAGGCGACUGUACUAUCGCCUUCAGGCAUGCCUUUGACAUGCUUUAGUCUGUUAGUAUAAAUAUACAUAUAUCUUGUUGGUGUCUACAAAAGCAAGUAUACUCGAGUACAAAACUGCAAGCUCCUCGAUAUAUAUAUAGCUCGAGUAUGAUAAUUAGCUUCUUUAUAGCGCCUAAAGUAAGAGUGCCUUAUGUGAGGUACCUCAUACAUCCAGGGUGAUAUGGCAGCUAUAUUCUCACCUUCAUUAUAUGACUUACAUUACCAACUAUUUUGACUUCAGAUAGUUUUCCGCUAUAGAAAGUCGUCUCUAGCGAAGCAGCAUUGAGUAGUGUUGCUUAUCGAAUAUUGAAUAGUAUUAUUGGCAUUAGUUUGUUUGUUGUCUUGGCGAUGUUCUCAACGAUCACUUGUAAAAUUAGUAGUAUCAUUGAUGUUUUUUAUUAUUAUGACUGUUGCAAAUACCUCUACGUAUGUACUAGAUGUACCUUAUAGUUUAAGUGUUUAACGAAUUUAUUCGUACUUUACUCGCUAGUAAGCGAACAAUGAAAGACAAAGCUGUGAGAAUUUUGAUCUUAAUGUAAAAAGUAAGUUCAUUUAUCGUAAGUGCGAUUGUACGCCUUAAUACAGAUUAAUACAGUAUAUCUACUUGAUGUGUUUGUAGAUAUACCAGUUCGUGUUUCAUAUUGUCCAGUUUUUGUUUUUUUAUGUUUGCUUUCAUCUGCCGAAGUUCACGUUCUACGAUAUAGAUUACUUAAAUAAAAUUAAAUGUAAGUAGACACGUAAAUCAUUUUCAAAUUAUCUGAAUAUUACGAUUAGCUUUUAACUUUCCUUUAAGCAAAAUUAUUAUUAACAGUAAGUUAUACUUUUUAAAAGUAACAAUUUCUGUAUAGGAAUAAUGCGAUGUAUAUAUUAUUACAUUAAUUGAAAUUGAAAAUUAUAAAUCCGAAAGAAUGAUCUUUUUAAUGGCAAAAUAUAAUUAUUAGAUGAUAUUCUUAUAGAAGUUGAUAAACGUUGGCGGUCUAUAAGUAUUACCUACAUAGUUAGAAUAAUUGAUAUAAUUUUACAACCAACAGUUGAUAUAAUCUUAUGAAUUUUACGAAGUACAACUAUGCAAUUUCUCUAUUUUAUAAAUCUCAUUAAGAUAUGAAUAACGGAAUAUCAUUAUAUACGGAUACCUACCUGCUUACAUAAAAUUAAAUUAUCUAUACGAAAACUAUUUAAAACUAAUGAUACGUUAGAAAUACUUUCCUAUUAGAAACGUACUUAUUAGCCUGUGUAUAUAAUUGUACCUAUCGGAGGCCUUCAUCGUGUUAAUAGUCUAAUGAGGUAUCUAUUAUACGAUAGUGUUAGCACUUCUCGACCAAAUUCUAACUUUGUAAACUUUAAAAUGAACAUAAUAUCACUAGAUUUUAGGCAGUCAAGCACUGAUAUAUGUACGAAUGUUUGUCACAUAGGUACCUACUUAUUACCACUACUUGUUAAGAUAUGUACUUUGAUAGAGUUCGAAGUCUGCACAUUGGUUACGUUUACAUAGAACUGCGAAAUUUAAUAUCUUCGAUAGAAUUGAAAAUACCUACUUUACUGGCUAAAAUGACCCAUUAUACAGAGUGUUGCGGAAUAUUUUCCAUAACUUCAAGAUGUUUACAACUCCACUGAUUGAAGAAGAACUGCAUAAAUAAUGUUUUUAACUAAAAAAAAACUUUUGUUAUGAUUUCAUACAAAGUAAUUCAAAUAAUUCCGGCUAUCCAUGUAACACACGCCUUUAUCUAUCCGUAAUAAUACGUAAUCGUAGUGUGUAAGACUGUCGAUAUCGACGAGAUAUUGCAACUGGCACUCCGCACGUUAAUACUAAGCUACUUCAUGAUAUCUAACGGCUAGGUCAUAAUAUAAGGAUGCGAUAGAAAGUAAAGAAUAAUUUAAAAUACUCCAAAAAUAUUCAUUUUAGGACACAUGUUCGUUAGACAUUUUUAAUUAAUUUUCCUUAAAGAAUAAUAUUACUCUAGAGUUAUGGGAAAUACUCCCAAGCACCCUGUAUAAACCAAGAUAUAAGGCUUUUGUGCCCUGUGUUUCGCUAGCUGAAAACUGAAUAACUCACUCAGCACAUACAUUGAACUAAUCAUUAAUUGCUUUUCAAUUUAGCGACCCAAUUAAAUUUGGAUGUAAUGGUUGGAUAUGGUUGGAUAUAUUGAACAUUAUAUUUGAGAUUUUCUUACGUUUUAACGUUCAAUUACUUUGGGAAAAGCUAAUGUGAAGAGUCUCUUAUAAAGCCAUUAAGUUUAGAUAUUUAAUGUUACGUUUCAUUAUUUAUUAGUCAAAUAAUAUAAUAAUUGAUUAAAAGUGUGAUUUUACUUAGGGGUUCAAAACCCUUUAGCUUAUAUUAAGAAGUGGUGUGUUAAUAAAUAAUAAUAAUUAUUGUUGUAUUUAAUUAUUUUUUAACUAUAAAGUUGUUAAUUUAAUGUUGUUAAAAUCAUUUCUGAAUAUUAAUACCUACACGAUCGGUCCAAUAUCUAAUGAAAUUAUGUUAAUACUUAUUACUUUAUUCCUAUUCAUAUGCAAAUUAAUAUGGAGAUGCUCUGUGGACUAAAGUCAGUAGACUCGUCAUGAUUUGGCUGUAGGUUAAUAUAUAAUACAUAAUGAAAAGCCUAUCAAAUAUUUCCACAAAGUACAACUAAGUAUACACGAGUAGGAACGUUGAAAAUCAAUAUUUAUAGUAUCCAGCCUAAUCGUGUAAGAUUCUAAGCCAUAAAAUAGCUAUUUUUAAAGUCUAAACUAAACUUAUUUAGUAAUUUGUGUUCAUCUGAAUAGUCGCGAAUAUACUUAAUUAAUGCUACAACAUUAAAGAAUGUAUUUCAUAAUUAUUUUGCAUAAUAAUUAUGUAAAUUGAUUAUGUUUACUUACUUUACCAUGAUCAAAACUCGAGAAAGACCCAAUAUCCCAAAAUUGCUUUCCACCAUUCCACAUUUUGUGUAUUUUUCUGUAGGUACCUACUGUAAAAACUAAUAAGUAGGUAUAUGGAUACAUUUAACCCUCAUGACGUCUGUCUAGUGCGCAUAGCCACGUAAAUAAACAAUUAUUUUACAUAUUUGAAUACUCUUUAAAAUGAAUCUUCUACAAUGGACUAAACCGACCCAGCCAGACUAGUCCGGUCAAAAAUACAGCCUGAUUUUUGUUCUUCUUUUCAUAGAAGUACCUACCUGAUUAAGUACUUAUCGUAGUUUAAAUCUAAUAAGCCUACAGCAAAAUAGGUAGGUACCUAGGUCUUAUCUACAAAACGUGAUUUAUUAAUAAAUUAUUAAAAAAACUUACUGAAAUACCUAUUAGGUACUCUAGGUACAAAUUAAGUCUAGAUAAUAAAUUCAUUAUAAAAUAAAUGCAUUAAGUAUUCCACGCGUAUUCAUUACACUAGAUAAUUAUAUGAACUUUUAUAAAAUAUUGUGAGUCCUUUAAUAAAAAGUUGUAAUAAUUUUAAUACCUACUGUUUUGUGAGCACUCCUUCCUUUGUAACAUAAUAUACUAUAAUCCUUAAAAUGUAGCUUUAUUAGAAUGAUACCUACCAGUCAAACCUGUGUGACGAAUGCUGAGAAAAGACAAUUACUUAGACAAAUCCACGUGAGUUUACUAAAAGUACAUAUUGAAAAAUUUUAUAUGUUAAUGAAAUUAUGUCGUCACGUUCUCUGAUAAUUGUCAUUCUAAUAAAGCUGUAGUUUAAAGAUUAUUCUUAUUUUUGCACUCAAUAAAGUCACUAUUUUAAAUAAAGUUAUUUGGUGAACACUGCGA